AUGUCCUCCAACUCCGUUUCAUCAAACGAGGAUGAGUUUGCAAAUCGUGACCAUUUAGGUUUGCAGCCUCUGACGCAAGAGACCGAAACCGAAGACAGGGCCUUCUUCAAGUACUUGAGGCUGGUGCUUGCUGUUCUGCUGGUUGGGCUUGUAGUGGCUGGCUUGACCUAUCUUGCAGCCAAGCACUUGGGUAGUGGAGCCAUUUUGGAGAGAAAGUUUAACUUCAUCCAUGAGAACCAGCUCGGCUAUGUCUUCCUAUGUGUUUGGAUCGCCGGCAUGACCCGUUCUGGUGUGACUGUCCUUGCCAAUGCAGCGCGUGCAGGGGCGCGAGUCGACCGCCCUGACCAGCAUGUCUACAAGAUCAUGGAGUCUUCGGGUUCCCUCAAGGAUGCCCCUUAUGUCCUCAUGGCGAAUACUGGGACUGUUGGCCGAUUCAACCGGGCACAGAGGGCGGCCUUCAACAUGGAUGAAUCUUUGCCUUUGCUCUUGGUGAACACUGUUCUGGCCAGCAGUGUGUUUGGACCAUGGAUCUUGUUGCCAAUGCUCCUGUAUUGCUUUGGCAGGCUGAGCUUCUCCAUCAAGUAUAGAUCAUCCCUCAAAGAACGCUCUGCUGGCUUCCUGCCCUCGCUGAUUGGUGAGAAAUGGGUAGAAGGAUUGGUGCUAUUCUCUGCAAUCAAGGGCCUUACAGACGGGUAA